UUUGAUCUUCGACGACGGCCGCGCGAGCCACUCCGUUCUUGCGCACUCUUGGUGCACAGGAGGGAGCUGCCGAGCUGGUCAUCGAGGCUGUGGAGGAGAUGGGGAAGGCUGCGGCGGAGACGGUGGUGCUGGCCGUGAACGGCAAGCGGUACGAGGCGGCGGGCGCCCACCCGUCGACGACGCUGCUCGAGUUCCUGCGCACGCAGACGCCCGUCAGGGGCCCCAAGCUCGGCUGCGGCGAAGGUGGUUGCGGUGCAUGCGUGGUCCUCGUCUCCAAGUACGACCCAGCCACCGACGAGGUGACCGAGUUGUCGGCGAGCUCCUGCCUGACGCUGCUCCGCAGCGUGGACCGCUGCUCGGUGACCACCAGCGAGGGCAUCGGCAACACCAGGGAUGGCUACCACCCCGUGCAGCAGCGGCUCUCCGGCUUCCACGCCUCGCAGUGCGGCUUCUGCACGCCCGGCAUGUGCAUGUCCAUCUUCUCCGCGCUCGUUAAGGCCGACAAGGAGCCCGGCCGCCCCGCCCCGCCCGCUGGCUUCUCCAAGCUCACCACCUCCGAGGCCGAGAGGGCCGUCUCCGGCAACCUGUGCCGGUGCACCGGCUACAGACCCAUCGUCGACGCCUGCAAGAGCUUCGCGGCCGACGUCGACCUCGAGGACCUGGGUCUCAACUGCUUCUGGAAGAAAGGUGACGAGCCUGCAGAUGUCAGCAAGCUGCCGGGUUACGACAGUAGCGCCGUGUGCACCUUCCCGGAGUUCCUCAAGUCAGAGAUCAAGUCUUCAGUAGAUCAGGCGAAUGGUCCUGCGGUGGCGAUCUCUGCCGACGGCUGGUACCAUCCUAAGAGCAUCGAAGAGCUUCAUAGGCUGUUUGAUUCUAACUGGUUUGAUGAAAAUUCUGUGAAGAUUGUGGCUUCAAACACUGGGUCUGGAGUGUACAAGGAUCAGGACCUCCAUGAAGAGUACAUUGACAUCAAAGGGAUCCCAGAGCUUUCAGUCAUCAACAGAAGCAGCAAGGGAAUUGAGCUUGGAUCAGUUGUGUCCAUCUCUAAAGCCAUUGAAGUGUUGUCAGAUGGAAAUCUGGUCUUCAGAAAGAUUGCUGAUCACCUGAACAAAGUGGCUACGCCGUUCGUUCGAAACACAGCAACCAUAGGUGGAAACAUAAUCAUGGCACAGAGGUUGCAAUUUCCGUCGGACAUUGCAACCGUACUCCUAGCUGCAGGUUCAACUAUCGCCAUUCAGGCUGCUUCCAAAAGGCUGUGCCUCACUUUGGAGGAGUUCUUGCAGCAGCCUCCAUGUGGUUCUAAUACCCUACUGCUAAGCAUAUUUAUCCCAGAUUGGGGUUCAGAUGGCAUCUCCUUCGAGACUUUCCGAGCAGCCCCUCGUCCAUUUGGCAAUGCUGUCUCAUAUGUCAAUUCUGCUUUCUUGGCAAGGACAUCAGGCAGCCAUCUAAUUGAGGAUAUAUGCUUGGCGUUUGGUGCUUACGGAGUCGAUCAUGCCAUCAGAGCUAGGAAAGUUGAGGAUUUCCUGAAGGGCAAAUCGGUGAGCUCAUCUGUUAUACUUGAAGCAGUUCGGUUGCUUAAAGAUACCGUUUCACCAUCGGAAGGCACAACACAUCCUGAAUACAAGAUCAGCUUGGCUGUCAGUUUCUUGUUCAGCUUCCUGUCUUCCCUUGGCAACAGCUCGAAUGCACCGACAAAAAUUGACAAUCCCAAUGGGCCAUAUACUAAUGGAAUUACAAAUGGUACCACUGAGCACUUACGGGAGGAGUAUAUUAAGGUUGACAGCAAUGAUUUGCCAAUACGCUCAAGACAAGAAAUGGUUUUCACUGAUGAAUACAAGCCAGUCGGCAAGCCAAUCAAGAAAGCCGGGGCAGAGCUCCAAGCUUCUGGGGAGGCAGUGUACGUUGAUGAUAUCCCUGCUCCCAAGGAUUGCCUCUAUGGAGCAUUUAUCUACAGCACACACCCGCAUGCUCAUGUAAAGGGUAUUAACUUCAAAUCAUCUUUGGCUUCACAGAAGGUCAUCACAGUUAUCACCGCAAAGGAUAUUCCCAGCGGUGGACAAAAUAUUGGAUCCACCUUCCCGAUGAUGGGAGACGAAGCACUUUUUGCUGAUCCAGUUGCUGAAUUUGCUGGUCAAAAUAUUGGUGUUGUGAUUGCUGAAACACAGAGGUACGCCCAUAUGGCAGCAAAGCAAGCUGUUAUUGAGUAUAGCACAGAAAAUCUGCAGCCACCAAUUCUGACAAUAGAAGAUGCCAUCCAACAUAACAGCUACUUCCAAAUUCCCCCAUUUGUAGCUCCUAAGCCAGUUGGUGAUUACAACCAAGGGAUGUCUGAAGCUGAUCACAAGAUUUUAUCAGCAGAGGUAAAACUUGAAUCCCAGUACUAUUUCUACAUGGAAACACAAGUGGCGCUAGCUAUUCCUGAUGAAGAUAACUGCAUAACCAUCUAUUCCUCGUCACAAAUACCUGAGGUCACACAAGGUGUGGUUGCAAGGUGCCUUGGCAUCCCUCUUCACAAUGUCCGUCUCAUCACCAGAAGAGUUGGAGGAGGCUUUGGUGGAAAGGCAAUGAAAGGAAUACAUGUUGCAUGUGCAUGUGCCGUUGCAGCAUUCAAGCUGCGGUGUCCUGUUCGGAUGUACCUUGAUCGCAAGACGGACAUGAUAAUAGCAGGUGGGCGGCAUCCUAUGAAGGCGAAGUACUCCGUCGGGUUCAAGUCAGAUGGCAAGAUCACAGCCUUGCACCUUGAUCUUGGGAUCAAUGCUGGAAUAUCACCGGAUGUGAGUCCAUUUAUACCAACUGCUAUCAUAGGGGCUCUCAAAAAGUACAACUGGGGCAAUCUUGCAUUUGACACCAAGGUCUGCAAGACAAAUGUCACAUCAAAGUCGGCAAUGCGGGGUCCUGGAGAUGUGCAGGGCUCUUUCAUUGCGGAAGCCAUCAUUGAGCAUGUUGCCUCGGUGCUCUCGGUCGACACUAAUACCAUCAGGAGGAAGAAUCUUCAUGACUUCGAGAGCCUUGCAGUGUUCUAUGGAGAAAGUGCGGGUGAAGCUUCUACAUACAGUCUGGUCUCCUUGUUCGAUAAGCUGGCCUCGUCACCAGACUACCAGCACAGAACUGCAAUGGUCGAGCACUUCAACAGCAGCAACAAGUGGAAGAAACGCGGCAUUUCUUGUGUGCCAAUCACAUAUGCGGUUACGCUUCGUCCGACUCCAGGCAAGGUGUCUAUCAUGAAUGAUGGUUCCAUUGCUGUCGAGGUCGGAGGAGUUGAGAUAGGGCAAGGGCUGUGGACUAAAGUGAAGCAGAUGACGGCAUUUGGGCUGGGACAGUUGUGUCCUGACGGCGGCGAAUGCCUCCUCGACAAGGUGCGGGUUAUCCAGGCGGACACACUGAGCUUGAUCCAGGGAGGGUUCACCGGUGGGAGCACCACUUCUGAAACUAGCUGUGAAGCCGUUCGACAGUCAUGCGCUGCACUUGUCGAGAGGCUGAAGCCUGUCAAGGAGAGUCUGGAGGCUAAGGCUGGCACAGUGGAGUGGAGUGCCUUGAUUGCUCAGGCGAGUAUGGCGAGUGUGAACUUAUCGGCACAGGCAUACUGGACUCCUGACCCAACUUUCGGGAGCUACCUGAACUAUGGAGCUGGGAUUAGUGAGGUGGAAGUUGAUGUCCUGACAGGAGCAACCACAAUCCUACGGAGCGACCUCGUGUAUGACUGCGGGCAGAGCCUGAACCCUGCUGUCGACUUGGGCCAGGUCGAAGGUGCAUUCAUCCAAGGAGUAGGCUUCUUCACGAAUGAGGAGUAUGCGAUAAACUCUGACGGCUUGGUCAUUCACGACGGCACAUGGACGUACAAGAUACCCACCGUCGACACCAUCCCAAAGCAGUUCAACGUCGAGCUGAUCAACAGCGCCCGCAACCCGAAGCGCGUCCUCUCUUCAAAAGCAUCAGGCGAGCCACCGUUGCUCCUCGCAGCCUCGGUGCACUGCGCGAUGAGGGAGGCCAUCAGGGCCGCCAGAAAGGAGUUCUCGGUGUGCACGGGCCCCGCAAACUCCGCCUUCACGUUCCAGAUGGACGUUCCGGCGACGAUGCCCGUCGUCAAGGAGCUUUGCGGCCUCGACGUCGUUGAGAGGUACCUCGAGAGCGUGUCUGCUGCCGAUCCAACAACAGCGAAAGCGUAGAUCCAGCAGGCCUCAGGCUGCAGCUAGCGCAGUGCUCGUGAAUGAGGUUAAUCAUCAGUGUAAAAUAAUGGCUUGUUUAGCCUGGGCAUAAUGUGUGUUGCUCUGAUGUACAAAAGAGAUAGCAAUGGCGAGCAGUGAGCCGUGGUGUUGUGAAUUAGGAGUGAUGAACAGUAUAGAGGGAAAUCAAACUAAAUAAGCGUCGGGCAGACCAAAUGUGUGGAGAAAAUCGUGUGAUUGGGACUGGUUUUUGAAGCAAUUUUGCAAUGAA